AGUAUUUCAUAAUAUGAUUUCAUAUUAUGUUGUUUUCCGAUGGAGCUUUUUUGUGGAAGAGGGUGGAAUGUGGAUUUAAAGAGUGGCGGAAAUCGUGGAAAAAGGCGGUACAGACGACAGCGGAAGAAGAAUUACUCGACUGGACUUGGAAUUUGGACUUUGUAUUAUGUAAACAUUUUAACCCUCUUUCAACGAGGUAAUUUCUUGCUUUUUAACCAAUUAAGUAUUAACGUGUUAAGACAAACGUAUUUCUGCCUUAAGACCACCAACUUACUAGUUUUAGUAGUUAAAAUUGUCAUAUCACUUGAUUGUUUCUUAGGUUUCUCUUUCAAAGUUUGAACCAAACUGUUUGUUUUCGUAAUGAUAAAACUUUGAUUUCAUUUCGCCGUUAUUUUCAUAAUUGUUCCCCUUUAUUUUGUACGAUCUCCUUUUAGUUUUCUUCUAGUUUCAUAGCGCCAUGCCUGAGGACGAAGAAACGACCAUCCGACUGCUCGAGCUAGACACGGAAAUACAAGACCUAGCAUCGGAUAUUAUGUCAGCUAAUACACUAGGAAUUUCGGCUUCUACGGACAUGUUGUUGGUACCUAUCUUCAAGACCCGUCUUUCACGUUUGGAUGAUAUAUUCGAUAAAUUUGAAUCACGAGUUUCAGAAGCAAAACUGUUGGCUGGCAAACUUUCUCGUGGCCUUGAUGAUUAUACGGAUAUGGUUGAAAAAUACCGAAAUAUGUAUUACGAUACUUUAGCACUGAACAUACCUUGUCGGACAGAUGAAGCCAAACACAGUAUAAAGUCAAGUAGAUCGAAUAAUUCUGGAAUUUCUUCAAGCAUAUUGCCCAAGUUGGAGUUCCCACAUUUUGACGGGGAUAUGGCAAUUUGGCCCUAUUUUAAAGACACUUUUGAAACGCUAAUUCAUACGAAUCCUGAAUUGGAUCCUGUACGUAAAUUCCUUUAUUUGACAUCGGUUUUGAAGGGCGAAGCUGCCGAAUUUAUAUCUUAUAUAGGGAUAACAGCAGCAGGAUAUUCUCUAGCUUGGGAAACUUUAGUUAAACGUUAUGACAACAAGCGUAUUCAAGGCAACAAUAUCUUGAUGAAAAUAUUUAAACAUAAACCAAUGAAUGAAACGCUGACAUCACUGGAAGAAUUUUCUUCAGUUUUUCUACCAAAUGUCCACAAUUUCAUUAAUCUGAAAUUGGACGAUCCUGUAUCUUUCAUUUUGUGUACAUUUGCGCUGCAGCUAAUGGAACCCUCUCUUCGUUUAUGUUUUGAGACUGAGUUUGACAGUACAGAAGCAUUGCCAAACAUCACCGACCUUUCAAACUUUGUACAUCGACAUUUGAUGCGACUACAAAUGAACGAUCUAAUGUUUGGCAAACAUUCAACAUCUGACGUGGAAGGAAAAAAUUCUCUGAAUAAUUCAAGGGAAUUUAAAUGUUGUCCAAUAUGCAGACAUGAACAUAGACUUAUGGAUUGUCCCACCUUCCUUGACAUGGAACCCCUUCAGCGAUUCAAAAAAGCAAAGUACUUGAAGCGAUGCUUGAAUUGUCUUUCAGCUGGACAUUCUAGCAAAAAUUGUUUCUCCAAAAACUCCUGUCGACAUUGCCAUCAACGACACCAUUCUCUUUUACAUCGGAGUAAACCUUUAUAAGUAAAACUAUCAUCUACCGUGAUAUUUUUUUUUAUCUGUUUACAUUACCGUAAGAACUUCCAUCAUUAUUUUCAUCAUUCUUUUUGUACUAGAUUGUAGUAACAAUUUAAUUUGUAAAUCUCUCUUUAGUUAAUUGGUAGUUUUAGCUUAAGUAAUAAUUUUGAGAGAUUGCCUUGUAACUUUAUCUGUGUAAUCUGUAUAAUUUACUUUUUUCUUUAGUUUAUUAUAAAUUUUGUAAACAAUUAUAUUUACAUUGUUUAUUUGAGCUUAUGUAUAAGCAAAGUUUUUCUGUUAUGUUUAUUACAAUCUGUUUUAUCAAA